AUGGAAGAGGAAAUCAAGUCAGAAUUCAAAAGAAGCGGGUUCGACAUCGAAGACGAAGAAGAAAUACUGAACAAAUGUAUUCCUUUUUGCAUCAACUACAGUCUCAGUCCUUCCGAUCUCGUCUCAAGCUGGGAGGUUUAUUACCUGAAUAGACAGCUGAACGAACCAUUGGUACAAAAUGCUGAGAUCGAUGGCUUUCUGCUGCAUCUGCAGAAUCAGAAGAAAGAGGAUGUUAUAAAGGAACAGGAAGAAGCUGGUUUGCAUGUUUACUCUAUCAGAGAUGUAGAAAUGAUCUUAAAUAAAGAUGAUGAUGAUACGCCUGGAACUCCAACAGAUCAUCAUCAAGAUCUUUUUUCUCCGGCGCAUGACACACCAUCAUUAAUGUAUGAGAAUGUUUUAUCUUCUGGGAAACUAUCAAAAUCAAAAUUAGUAACACCCUUUUCAAAGCGAACAGAUAGGUUUGCGGUGAAAUUUAGCAUCAACACUAUCCCUGAUGUAGAGAAUGAAAAACACGAACCUAAUCAUGAGAGUGAUGAAGAUGAUAUUGUUAGAAGAGUCCUACCUCGGAAAAGGUGUUCAUUGGUCAUCCAUGGAUCAGGACCCAAACCAGGUUGCAGAUUCAUGUAUGAUACGACUGAGGAUAGGCUUAAUGCAAUAGAAAACCGAAUUAAGAAACAUACAAGGGCGUUUGUUGCUUCUGGGCUCUAUGAACCAACAGACCCCACGACUGCUUCACAGAGAAGCAUUUUUGCUGUUGGGAUGAUUUGUUGCGAUGGAGAAGGCCGUAUAAAUGAGAAAUCUGUCAUGCUGCAGAGCAGUAUUGAGCAUUCUGGAGGGGAAUGUGUUCGCCUUGACUUACAAAAUUUAAGCCACUAUUCAGUUUUUCCUGGUCAGGUAGUUGGUAUUGGAGGGCAUAAUCCUAGUGGGCAUUGCUUCGUUGUGUCUAAAUUGGUGGAUUCUAUACCUUUUGCUAUUGCCGAUGAGGAUUUGAAUCCUGCGAAGAAGCAAGCUAUUGGUAAGGAGAAUCAGUCAACUGAUCUGUUUUGUAAACAGAGAGAGUUGUCAAUGAUUAUUGCAGCUGGCCCCUUUACUACAACAGACAAUUUAUUGUUUGAGCCUCUUGUAGAACUGCUGACAUAUGCAAAACGAAGACCACCACAGUUGCUUGUAUUGCUGGGACCAUUUGUUGAUGCUGACCACCCAGACAUUAAAAAUGGAACCGUGGACAGGAGUUUUGAUGAAAUAUUUCAUUUUGAAAUCAUGAAGAAGUUGGAAGAUUAUGUAGAAUGUAUGGGUUCCGCACCACGUGUUCUUCUUGUACCAUCUAUACGGGAUGCUAACCACGACUUUGUUUUUCCUCAGCCUGCAUUGGAUAUCAAUCUUCCCGAUCUGAAAUCUCAGAUAGUCAGUCUCACUAAUCCUGGAAUCUUCGAGGCAAACGAGGUUAAAGUUGGUUGCUGCACCGUGGAUAUUCUCAAGCACGUUAGUGGGGAGGAGAUAUCACGAACUGCCUCAGAUGGAAAACCCAUUGAUCGCAUGAGUAGACUUGCAAACCAUAUUCUUAAUCAACGAAGCUUCUAUCCACUUUACCCGCCGGCUGAAAGUAUUCCCUUGGACUUUUCGCUUGCUCCAGAAGCCCUUCAACUCUCAUUGGUUCCAGAUGUACUUAUCCUCCCUUCAGAUAUCAAAUAUUUUGUCAAGGUUCUUAAUAGUGAAGGGGAAGGGAUAAACCAAUCGAAAUGCAUUGCUAUCAAUCCGGGAAGAUUAGCCAAGGGAGAAGGAGGAGGAACUUUUGCCGAGCUUGAAUAUUGUGGGGGUUCCGACAAAAUUAACGCUUCUAUUGUUGGCAUAUGA